GUGGUAUAUUUAGCCAUUUCCCCUUACUAUACUUAUUUUGCACAACCAUGUGAGCACGCGAAAUUCUUAUAUGGCAACAAGUUCACUGCUGAAGAAAUUCAGGUUAUGAAGAUGAUGUUUUAAAGCAACCUGUACGAGUAUCUUCUGGACGGAAGAGCAGGCUUUGUCAAGAACAGAGGCUGAAGGUUCUUUCAAAUAAAUCUCUAAAAGUAGUGACAAAAAGUGAUUGGUUAUUUACAGAGUUUUUGCCCCAGUCGGGUAGUGUUAGUGUAGUGGUCAUACCGUUGGACCUUCACCUCUGCGGACAGAGGUGAGGACUCUAAUCCCACUAGUUGUAGUUUGUGUCCGUAGUGGAAUCCCUGUCCUACUUUACAAAUUGCGGAGGAAGAAGAAAGAAAAGAAUUGCAGAAAUAUUAUACUUUACUGCUCUAAAGUUUCACUCAUACUCAAAUAGCCAUUAUUUUCUGAUCAAAUCUAUUCAAUUUCUUUAAUUAAAUUAGCGGGAAGUGAACUAGAGUUACAUUGAUGUGUGCCUUGUGUAUAUUAAAAUUUUAUUUAUAAGGUUUAGAGUAUAGUCAUUUAGGUUCAUGAAUUUGAACAUACACAAUAUGAACAUCCAAAAGUAAGCAUUUCUUUGCUUGCCAAAUUAGCCCUUCUUUCUUUCAGUUUGUUUGUGGACAUCACUUUCCUGAAUGGAGGGAAUUAAUCAUAAUUGCACGAUGAAGUGAGAGAUUGUUCAGAUCUUUAUUAGGACUCUAACUGAAAUGUACUUUUGUACCCGGAAACUGACCUCUUUAUCGUCUUUCUAUUUAAGGUAGUGCCGCUCCUUGCUACCCAACUUAAGUUGAGUGCAUGACAUUUCAGAAGUGAGACCAUGUCCUGUGUGAUUUUCUCUUGUCAUAAAGUAGCAAUAUCAUUCUGGAAAUUGUCUAUAAUUGAUACCUUUUGUCACGGAUUUCCCUUUUGGAUGUAGUUUUGCUAUAAAAUACAUCAGGAAUAGAGCAGUUCUGUUCCAUUCUUGAUGUUUGUAAAGAGUAAAUUCUCAAUUCUGUGUCGUAAUAUGAAGUCGCAGAGAUGAAUCUUCAAGGGAGUUAUUUUAGUGUUAAAAAAACAAAAAAACCUUUGACCAAUUUCAGAGACUUACUGAAUUUCAUAUGGAGAUUAAGUGCUACAUGCCACUUAGUAAUAAAAUACUGCAAGCUUACCAAGGUCAAGGUUCAUCCUCGUUAGUACAUUAAGAACCUUCAUUAUUUGUGAUUAUACUGACUAUAUGGUUUUCAUCUUCGUUGAUGAUCCACAGUGUCGUGGUCAAAGGAACUAAUGGACGCAAUUUGGUAACUGAGUUCAACUUUAUAGGUGGUGAUGUGGAACCAGCCGAAGCUAACCAGUGCAUGUAUUUGUUUGAACCGAGGUUGAAGCAUUGGCUACUGGACAUCAUUGCCACUGGAGACUUGGAUGCAUUUUUCCCAGCAGAGACACGUGAUUAUGCUCCCCUAGUUGAAGAGGUGUGGAAGGAUCCUGCUAAUCAGGAAACAGACAAGGGAAAAAAUGAGCUUCAUUUCCUUCCAGUUUUAGCAGAUUACUUCUUGAGCAAGGCUGUUGAGGUAUCAAGCAGUGAGUAUGAACUUUCAGAGCGAGAUAUAUUGUAUGCUAAAGGAAUUACCCAAGGCAAUGGCUUGGCUAUUGUGGAGUUCUCCUUGGAUGAUCUUAGCUCAAUGUCUGAAACCUAUGGAGAUAAUUUGGAAGCUCCUGCACCACCUCCGACUAGGUACUGGCUAUAAUUAGAGUAAAUACCACCAGAGUGAAUGAAGGAUGCAAGCGAGUGAAGAUGUUUGAAGAUUUUCGUAUUGUAGUAUUUUAUGUUGCCCUGUGUGAUUAUGAUCAGAUGUGGCUUGCUUCGGAGGAUUGUGGCAGUGGUACACUACUUCAGAGUAAGAUGGUGCAUAUCAAAGAACUCUAUGGAAUAAUGGUCAGAUAUCCAUGUUUCAAAGAGAUCCCAUUUGUUUUAAUCUUGAACAAGCAUGAUCUGUUCGGGGAGAAGGUCGCUGUGUACCAUUGGACUCUUGUGAGUGGUUCACUGAUUUCACUCCAAGCGGACUCAGCACAGUAACCACUCACUAGCAAACCAAGCUUAUUAUUAUGUUGCGAUGAAGUUUAAAAGUUCUCUGUGCUUCUCUCACAGGUAGAAAGCUAUUUAUGUGGCAAGCUAGCAAGAGACCGAGUGACAGUAGAUGAGGCAUUCUAGUGUAUAAAGGAGGUCAUGAAGUGGGAUGAGGAAAAGGAAGAGACCUACUAUGGUGGAGCAGAGGACUCGUUUUAUAGUACAACUGAUGUUAGCUCUUCUCCGUUUAUCUGGCAGGAGUAAAUUAGUCUAGACAUAUCUUUUGAUGUUUGAAGAUCUGACAAAGAAAAAGGGGAGUGCGAUCAAAUAAUUUUAAUCAAUUUC